GCUCCACCCAACGAAAUUCCCGAGCGUGUCCCGUCGUCACCACCCGAGUCAAACCUGCUAGUGAUUGACCACUAUCGGGAUUUUCUUUACUUUGGUUAAUUACGAUUACCCAACAGCAUUAAAUAAGUGAAGGGGGUUUUGGGUAAUCCGGUCCUGAUGUCUUCACCCUCAGAAAUGAGUGACAUCAUCAGUCCAUCAGUUAUCAAGUUUUCCAACCUUGAUCAGGUGGCUAUGUUCACUGUAAAGAUGAUCAAGAGGUUUGUGAACAGUGGCAUAGGAGGGAAUGUACUGAAGCAAAAACUUCUGCACCUUAUUUUGGGUGUUGAGAGCAACAUAAAAAGUUUGAACUUGGACAAGGAUAUGUUUUUUGACACAAUCAGAGAUUACUCACGAAUUUUUUGUCAUGAGUGGCAAGGUCAUGAAAAGGCUUACAAUAACAUGCUUAUUGUUGCUGCACUCAGACUGGGAAUAGAGAGACUGUGGGUCCCUGAUGGAUAUCAUCCUUUCCUGGCGAGCGAAAUAUCAGAACUAGUUUCUUUGGUGUUUCCCAGUGAUGCGAUGCACUUUUCCCUGAAGGAACUCGAUCAGUCAGAGCCAUCAUUUGAUUAUUUUGCCAAACAUGCUCCAAAUUUCGAGAAAAUUUAUGUGCCACGGAGUGAUAAUGUUGGUUUUGUGAAAUGUUGCCAAUUUAGAAAUCUGCGUGUAAUAGAGUUUGCUGGUGGCGUUUCGGAUAAAGUUCUUUGCAAUGCCCUGUGGUGCACUGGUAGCAGGAAAAGUGAAAAAAUCUUAGACUUAGCAUUAACAAAGAAUGGAGAUGUUGGGACCCAUCAGUUUAAUGUGACAAGUUUGGCCAUAAGGUAUGAAGAGGGCAAUCUGGAUAUAAAAGAAUUAUCAAGGGUUUUGAAAGUGUGUCCAAAAUUGACAGCUCUUGGAAUUCAUCAUACAAGAAAUAUUCAUGAUGACUUAAGUUUACUUACUAGGAUGUUACCAAUGAGCUCUAUAAAGAAGUUAACACUGGAUGCAUCUGCACUGACCGAUCUUGAACUGAGUGUCCUGAUAGCAUCAGCGAAACAAUUAGAACAUUUAACGUUACAAAUGACCCCUCAGUCUAUUUUUAAUUAUAAUCUUCCCAAACUUCCGUACAUCGUGAAUGAAAUGGACAGGGAGGAGUAUAAGCCCAUGUUAACGUUCCCGUCAAUUAAAACAUUGGUCAUCGAGUUUUUUGCUCUCAGUCCAGUGAAUUUUAGAAUAGAAGACUUGGAUCCAGCUAUGGAAGGACGCUCGGAGGCAAUCAUUGGUUUCCUUUCAUCGUUUCCAACUACCACGGAAAUUUAUUUCCGCAACACAAACUUACUACCUCCCUUGGUUUUGGUGUUUGGCUGCUUUGGUGGGGCAAUAGCUGUUCUACUUAAUCUUGUCCAUGUUUCCAUCAUUGCAUGGCAUGAAGAAGUUCCAUGCCCUGAUCCUGUUCUUGACAUUCCACCAGAACUACCAAAUCUUUCUCAGUUUUUGGAAGUACAGAAAUUGCUUCCUGAUUUAGAGGAAGAUGUCACCUUCAGACACCUUGAGAAACUGAAGAGUCUCGAAAUAGAUGAAAUUUACGUUUCCCCAUAUUUUGAUAAUAUUAUCAAAGCUCUACGACUGUCAGGAGUGAAUGUGUCUGUUAAGUACAGAAGAAGCCCAAAAUCCUUGUAAUGCAAUCUUUGACAGAGUGAGAUAAGAUCUACUCAGUUGUCUAUCUACAGAGAUGUAUUCAAGAAAUUAAACUAAAUUCAUUUAAAAUGCAGACGAGUAUACUUUAAUUGCAUAGAGUAUUGUGGACAUUGUAAACAUAUAUCAUUUUGACCAAAUCCAAGGUUACUGGAAUAUUUACACAAAAUUAAGUGUUUUAAAUACAUAAAGGGUUUUUAAAGCAGAUUAAAACUCAGUUUUGAGUGAUAAAUGUCUUACACAUUGGUUUUUCCUCUUUUAUCUCAAAAGGGUUCUCUGCAUCAGAGAGAAAUUUGCAAUAAUUUCCAGUUUAUAAAAAAAUUUUUAUUUUUAAAUUAAAAAGUCCCUGGAUCUUACAGGUUUAUUAUUAAUUCUACCGGUUUCCAGCUUGGCGCUAGUAUUAAACUAAUGUAAAGACCUCAGGUUUGUUAGUUAUGAAAAAUACAAAUUGGUUAAAAAUGUCAUAUUUUAAGAAAACAAAGAAAGAUAAAAAUAAAGAAACUGUACAUUAUGUAGGUUAAAAGACUUGAGGGCAAAGAGAGAGAGAUUAUCUCCUUACUAAAAAUUUUUACCAUUAUCAUGUUAACAUUACCAUGAUCACAAAGACAUCAUCCUACCAACAGGGUACAACAGAUAGAUUUUCUUCUUCAGUAUGUAUCUUGUACAUUUUUAAAAUAUAGGGUUUGCAUUUAAGUAUAAGAGCAUCUUAAUUGUCAGCAGUGUAUGGCUACUGUGGUUAGACUGGAAGCCUUUUUCCCCAAGCAUUUAUGAAACGGUUUCUGCAAGCUGAUUUCAGAUGUUACAUUUCAAGUAUUGAUCAGAAUUUAUUUUAGGUGUGCAGAAACCUUGUCAUAUGUUAAACAGGGUUAUCUAGCUUGAAAAAAAAUGUCAGUCUAGUCCUGUGGCACCCCAGGGUGUGCAUUUGGCCUCGGUGAAUUCUCACCACAAGCUUGGAAAAUCACAUUUAAAACUAUAAAGGAAAAUUAUUUUUA